AUGUCGGGGGUAGCCGCAACGAUUGCGCCAGAAGUCGUGCAAAGCUUUGGCAGUGUUGCCCUGGGCUAUGUGGCCCUGCUGGUUUCAUGCGCAUCGUUUGGCAUGAUGUUCACACCAUUAAAGCGAUAUGAUACUAAAGAUGGUCUCUUCGUGCAAUGGGUCGAAUGCAGCGUCGUACUUGUGGUUGGCUUCAUCAUCAAUGUCAUUAGAGGUUUUCCACAAUUCGAAUGGAUAGCCGGUAUCGGAGGCUUUCUUUACGCAACAGGGAAUGUUUUCUCUGUCCCCGUCGUGAAUGGACUUGGAAUGGGCAUUGGGUUUCUCAUUUGGGGAUCAAUGCAGAUUAUUGUCGGAUGGUCUGUAGCUCGUUUUGGGUUGUUUGGAUGGGUCGAAGGAACACAAGUGAAGCACACUAUCAUAAACUACAUAGGAAUACUAAUUGUACUAGUAAGUGGCGUACUAUUUCUCUUCGUCAAGCAAGAAGAUCAUAAGCCAAAGACAUCUCCGUAUGAUGGUGAGCAAGGCACGAAUCUGAAUGUGGAAUCAAAUCAAAAAUCACCCGCGGACAACUCACAAAUGAUCGACAAGUCUCAGCUCGUCAAGAAGAUUCCGUAUGUUCUCAUGACAUGCGUGCUCGCUGUUCUUCACGGAUUGAUGAUGACACCACUAGAGGUAUUACAACAACGACAACCAUCCACGGAUGAAUACAGAGUAUUUGAUUACAUCUGGUCAUUCUAUUCGACGGUCUUCGUAUUCUCAACGCUUUACUUUUUCCUGUACUGUGCGAUACGUCGCGAAAAAGCCUAUAUUUCUCGUGAGCUAGUAAUUCCAUCUGCAUUGUACGGACUUCUUUGGUCCUCCGGAAUGACUUUUUGGUUCUUGUCGAGUCACAAGCUUUCGCAAGUUGUCGCUUAUCCCAUUACAACACGGUUACCUGCGAUUAUUAGUGCUAUCGCUGAUGUCGUGAUAUUUAAGUCAAUCGCGGGCCGAAAUAAUCUACUUUUCUUGGCUGGUGCUAUCGGAGUAGGUAUCAUUGGCGUACUACUUAUCGCACUCUCAAAUCUCUAA